AUGGUUAUUGCUGCUCCAGCUACUAUGGAGGAGGGUAGAAUUCUUCUGUUGGGUAAUGAGACAGAUAUUUUACAUUCAGCAUUUACAUUUCCCCUUAAUGAGGGCGGCAAACGUGUCGAUCAUUAUGCUUAUGCCCAAAUUUUGACAAAGCUAGGACUGGAUGAGGUUCAUGUGUUGGCUCUAUUAGCAACAACAAGUUCGAAUGUCUCGAGAAAGGCUAUUGAGCUCCUACAAGAAAAUAUGCCUUCAGGACACGAUAUGAACUCCCUCUCACAAUAUCUGACCGUUAGUUUUCGCCAAACUUUAAUGGAGACUGGUGAUGCUCUUCUUAUUGUAUGUGACCGUCGUGAUUCUGAACUUGGGAUUGGAAUGGAUGAUGAAUAUUUUGUACAAUUUUCUAAACGACAUCACGCAAACGCUGAAAGAAUUAGUGCUUGGAUGCAUGAUGAUCGUCAACGGCCAAAAGAAGUUGGCCAGAAUCAGCUUGGUUUCUUUCUUAUGGAAAAGGAAAAGGCAAAAUGGCUUUCUACAGUUGAAAUUAAGGACGAGGGGGUUUCUAGUGAUCAAGAAGGCAAUCUUGUGCCAAUUUCUCUUUCCAAUUUUGUGUUAUCUCUUCAAGGCCCAUUUCAACCUUUAAGCAAUUAUUAUGCAUUUACAUUUGAAAUGAAAGGAUGUUUUUAUCGUUCUGUUGAGCAUUAUGUCUAUCAACGACUUUUUGAAGCUUUACAUCUUCCUGAGGAUGAAAUACUGAAAAUUCGAACAACUGUCAAGCCUGUUGAUGUUUCAAAAAUGGCUAAAAGACUUUUUAAGCGAUUAAAUUAUAAAUAUGCACGUCUAGAUCGUUGGAGACAAUCAGCAAUGAAAUAUAAAAUAACAAAAAAUGAAUAUUUACAAAAACUUUUAUUGAGUACAGGAAAUGCUUUUUUACUUGAAACUACUCCCGAGGCUGAUACUCAAUGGGCAUGCGGAUCAGAUGAAUUAGAAUAUCAGCAUUUAUUGAGCAAAAAAUAUAUAACUCCACAAUUAUUAUUGCAAUGGCAAUCUAGUCGGACGUAUAGACCUCCUGCUCUUUCACAUUUAGGAGCAAAUAAAACAGGACUUUUAUUAAUGGAAUUGAGAACAAAAUUAGCAUCACAAACAACACAUAGGAUUCCAUUAAUUACCCCUCUGACUUCGAGUGUUUUGCGUUCUUCAGUCUCUAAUCAUAUGAUCUGUUUUAGCCCAGAAUCUGUUCUUCACCCCUUUUAUCCAGUAGAUAUAAAAGACGAUGAAUCUACUGCUGUGUUUCCGUCAGCUGUACAUUUAGCUGCACAAGAAGCUAUUGAAUUUUUGGAUAUAAACGAAAGUAAUGCUGUUUGGAUAAUGGAACCUAGAGAAGGACCUGAAUGCUGGGAAAGGUUACAUAGAGUGAUAUGUGAUUAUAUGCAUCUACCUUUGGAAAUGAUACAACAAUGGUAG